UCGCCUGCGCGUCGCCGUUUUGUUUUGUCAACCGGUGGACUUCAUGCGCCAUGCAGCCGCGGGUUUGACGUGGGGGGGGGGAUAAAAAACCCUAACAGCUGUGGAUAAGGCCGCGGCGGGAUCCAGGAAUUCAUUUCGGAAUAAGUAUAAAAAUAUUAUCUGACACAUAAAACAAUAGUCGGUGAUAUCAGUAGUUAUGGAGGAGAAGAAGGAGGAGGGAGAAGCGGAGAUCCAGGAGCACGGACCCGAGCACUGGUUCUCCAAAUGGGAGCGGCAGUGCCUGGCUGAGGCCGAGCAGGACGAGCCGAGCGAGGAGGAGCCGGAGCAGAGCCGGCAGAAGCUGUGGCAUCUCUUCCAAAACUCCGCCACGGCGGUCGCGCAGCUCUACAAAGAUCGAGUGUGUCAGCAACAGGGGCUUUCUCUGUGGGUCCCAUUUCAAAAUGCUGCUACAGCCGUCACCAACCUUUAUAGAGAGAGCGUGGAAGCGCACCAGCGCAGCUACGAGCUAGGCAUUCAGAUCGGCCACCAGAGACGCAACAAGGACGUGCUCGCCUGGGUGAAGAAGAGGAGGCGGACCAUCCGGCGCGAGGACCUCAUCAGCUUCCUGUGCGGCAAAGCCCCACCCCCACGCAGCUCACGGGCUCCGCCCAGAAUCGCCAUGGCGCCGUCAUCAGAGACGAGCUCUUCCGUCGAGACAGACCUGCAGCCGUUUAGGGAGGCCAUCGCUCUGCACGGCCUGAGCGGUGCCAUGGCGAGUAUAAGCAUGCGCUCCGGAGCACCGGGAUCGCCCACACACCUGAGCGCAGGCUCCACCCCCGGCCGCCGCAGGAACGGUCUCCACGACGUCGACUUGAACACCUUCAUCGCCGAGGAGAUGGCGCUCCACCUGGACAACGGCACCCGCAAGCGGAGCUCCGCCCAGUGCGGUGAUGUCAUCACAGACUCGCCCACCCACAAACGCAAUAGGAUGAUCUGAGCUGUCUCGAGUUGACACGGAGGGGAGUGGGGGGGGAAACAAAAAAAAAAGGAAAAGAAAAGAUUAAGAGAAAUUAAACAAACUAAAAAGCCACUUGUCAGUCAUCCUCCCAUCUUUACUCCGAACGGGAAAACCUCGCGGCGGUCCGGCGCGUUCCUCCGAACCGAUCGAAAGAACCGAGCGGGAGGCGGAGGCUCAGCGCAAAGUGCCCUUCCAUGCGAUUACGCCUGCAUACACUCACACACCUUCAGUUCACCUUUUUCUGUUCGCGUCGAAUGUCCGAGCGAGUACGAUGAAACUCGUACCGAGUGCGGGAGAAACGGGGUGUGUGUGUGUGUGUGUGUGUGUGUGUGUGUGUGUGUGUGUGUGUGUGUGUGUGUGUGUGAGAGAGAUAUAAGUGGUGUGAGUGAUGUUAUGAAUGUAAAGGUGUGUUUUUGGUUUGCAUAGUGAGUGUGUGUGAGUGUGUGUUAGUGCGAACAUGUGAGUGUGUGUGAGUGUGUGUGAGUGUGUGAUACCUGCCUCCUCCAAACAGCGCCUGUCACUGCCCCAGCUCAGCUACCACACUGCGGCUUAAAGACAAACAAGUGUUUUUUUUUUUAUUUUUAUUGUUAUUAUUAUUAUUUUAAUUUUAAAUAUUAUUUACAAUGUUAUUUGUAUUUUUAUUUUAUUUCUCGCCUUCUGUUUUCUUUUGUUUUUUGUUUUUUUUUGCUGCUCAAGAAGCAGGCACAAGUGCUCCAAAAGCAGUACUUACUCUGUGUGAGCAUGACCCUGAAUCACUUCAUUUUAUUUUUCUUCUACUGUGAAGUUCUCAUCCUUCUCAUGAGUUCAUUCUGUAAUCUUCCACUCCUCCUCCUCCUCCUCCUCCUCUCACUCUCGUCCUCUUCCUCCUCUUCUUCCUCUUCCUCCUCUUCCUCAGCACAUCUCCGGUGUAACUUUAUGAAAUGUAAAUAACAGUAGGUGCUGACAUAGACUUGUGGUACAUAUUGUAAAAAAGAGCUGUGCAGAGACCAUUGAAUUGUUAAUGUACAAUAAUGAUUCUUGCAUUAAAGAAAUGAAGCUUUUAACUAAA